UCUUUGGUGUCCAGUUGGCGCCGAGACGUCCAGGCGUGUCUUCCUGCCCCACCAUAAUAUCAUCUUCAGCUUCUUUAAGCAAUCUUGGUGUCUUUGGUUUAGUUUAGACAUGAUUCUUCAAUCUUGAUACUCUGUAUCGGAAUUUUUUUCAUUUUUUCUUUCUUUAUUUUCAUUUUAUUUAGUGUUUUGUGCAUAAUGAAGAGCCUAAUUUUUAUUCUAUUGAUUACAACACUUGCUGGAGCAGCUAAAAAUGAACAAAAAGGUAUUAUUGGCGAUCAUAUAAGGAAUUUUUUUGGAAUCUUUGGUAAUAAGCCACCUAAUUCUACUUCAACACUCGGUCCUUGCUAUUGUAGUUGUGGAGUGAGAAAUGAAGAAAGUAGAAUAGUAGGAGGGCAAACAACGAAAUCAAACGAAUUUCCAUGGAUGGCAAGACUGUCUUAUUUGAAUAAAUUUUAUUGUGGAGGGACUUUGAUAAAUGAUCGUUACGUGUUAACUGCAGCUCAUUGCGUAAGAGGCCUUAUUUUUAGAUUCAUGUGGUUCAUGAUUAAGGUAACAUUUGGAGAGCAUGAUAGAUGUGAUGAAAAAAAUAAACCAGAGACAAGAUUUGUAGUAAGAGCUAUUACUGGAGAUUUUAGCUUUCUUAAUUUUGAUAAUGAUAUUGCACUAUUGAAACUUAAUGAUCGAGUUCCUCUCACUGAAGCCAUUCGACCUGUUUGUUUACCAACAGUUAAAGAAAAUGACUACGUAGGAACCAAAGCUAUUGCUGCUGGAUGGGGAACACUUCAUGAAGAUGGUAAACCUUCUUGUUUACUUCAAGAGGUUGAAGUUCCAGUUAUGAGUCUUCAAGAUUGUCGAAAUACUAGCUACAGUCCUCGAAUGAUAUCAGAUAAUAUGAUGUGUGCAGGAUAUCCUGAUGGAAAGAAAGAUUCUUGUCAAGGUGACAGCGGAGGUCCUUUAAUUGCUGAGAGACAAGAUAAAAAAUAUGAAGUAAUAGGAGUUGUCUCUUGGGGCAAUGGAUGUGCUCGUCCAGGAUACCCUGGGGUUUAUACUCGGCUGACUCGUUAUCUCGACUGGGUUUUAUAUAAUUCACGUGAUGGCUGCUUUUGUGAAUCUUCAGUAUCUCCAACUGGUUUGGUUGAAGCAACAAGAGUGCAACGUGGAGUAUUAGAUUGGCUGUCGUCUGUAUUUAGACCUUGCAAAGGAUGUUUGUGUGGAAGAUCAAAUCGUAACACUGCAAGAUUUAUUGGAGGUGAAACAACAUACUCUCAUGAGUUUCCAUGGCUUGUAAAUAUUUAUUCAAAAACUGGAAACCAAGUCAGUGGAGCGUUGAUAAAUGACCGCUACGUGCUAACUGCAGCAAGUCAAAUUAUAGACUCAGCUGCACACGAAAUAAAAGUUUCUCUAGGUACAUACGAUCGUUGUGAUAUUGAUAUUUCUACAGUGAAUUCAAGUGUCGACACCAUUAUUAUUUAUCCAGAAUAUGUUGGAGAAACACAUGCCCAUGAUUUAGCGUUAAUUAAGCUAAGUCGACCGAUUAAUAUUGAAAAGAGAAUUGCUCCAGUUUGUAUGCCUAAUCCGAAUUCAACAUAUCUUGGUCAAGUAGGAACAUUUGCAGGAUGGACUGAAGCUCCUAAUAGUGAGAAAACGUUUGCCUGCUUACCACGCAAAAUUGGAUUACCUAUCCUAAGUGGUAGAGAAUGCAUUAAAUCUGGAGUUGAAGCAAACCAUUUCCAUGAUGAUUCCGGGUGUAUUGGUGUACUUGGCAGUAAAUCAAUUGUUUGCAACAAUGAUGUAGGAACUCCUGUUCACUACCGAUCAUACAAUGGAAUUUAUGAUCUAAUUGGUAAAAAUAAUUUCAUCACUUUUAGAACUUAUAAAUAUGCUAGUAUUUCAUCUGCUUUGACGAUCACGAAAAAAAUAUUCGUCAUGAAAUUAAAUUCUAAAAUCAUCGUAAUUGGGAUUUUCUUUAUCCUAGACAGUUAUCAAUGUCGGAAACAUCUGCUAAGAGUUAAUCGAGAUUGUGAAUGUGGUUGGUCAGGUGAAGGAAUAUCGAAUAGAAUAGUUGGUGGUCAAAUUACGGUUCCGCAUAUUUUUCCGUGGAUAGUGGCAAUUUUUUACAAAGGAUCUUUACAUUGUGGUGGUGCUUUGAUAAAUGAUCGUUAUGUGCUCACAGCUGGUCAUUGCGUCAAAUGGGUCGAUGCAACCUUUCUAGAUGUUGGUUUAGGAAUUCAUGAUAUAAAAAAUCCUUCUGAUGGUUAUAUUCUUCCAAUUGAUGAAGCAAUCCUUCAUGAAGACUUUGAGAGUGAUUAUUUACAUGACACCAAUGAUAUUGCACUUCUCAAACUACCAAAUACAAUCCAAUAUAAUGACAAAAUUCAACCGAUAUGUCUUCCGAUGAAAGGUUCCGAUUACACAGGACACCUGGUGAAAGUUGCUGGUUGGGGUCGAGUUAAAGUUUCCGGAGGUGCUUCAAGGUACUUAAGACAAGCGACACUUCGAGUUAUGCCUCACAGCGUUUGUACCAACACUUCUUUUGGCGAUCAUCUUACAGCAUCAAUGAUUUGUGCUUACAAUGACAAUACUGAUGCUUGUCAAGGAGACAGUGGUGGCCCUUUAUUGUUUGAGAGAUCAGAUGGACGUUAUGAAGUAGCCGGUAUCGUAUCAUGGGGAAUUGGAUGUGCACAACCAGGAGUACCUGGAGUUUAUGUAAAGGUUACUGACUAUUUAUAUUGGAUUAAGAGCCAUACAAAAAAUGCAGUCUACUGUAUGGAUAGAUAAAAAUUCAAUAACUGCUUGUGAUAAUGAAAAUAAAAAAAAUAUAUAUAUUAAUUAUUUAUCUGUAAAUUCUGAAAUUUAAUUUUUUAUUAAUUAAAAAAAUAUUAUUGAUACUAAUACUUAAUUAAUCCAGAACUUAAACAAUAAAAAUAACUAAUCUAAAAAUCAAUUAGCAGUUAAUUUUAUUACUGAAGAAAAAAAUUUUGAUAGCAAAAGUAUUUGUUAGUUUGCUAUUUUAAUUGAAUCGAUAACGUUUCAUGAUUUGCU